UGCGCAAUUCUUUUGUCGUAAACAGAAUGGGCUUUACUCCGCGCAUGCGCACUUCCGUCCGCGGAUUCUCCAGGAGGAAGAUGGCGGACGUUUCUUUGGACGAAAUUAUCCGCCGACGCAAUUUUAACACCAGAGGAGGCCUGAAAAGGCCGACCUUUGGCAGAGGGGCGGGGUCAGUAGGGAGAGGGGCGGGGCUUAUGAGCAGAACAUUCGAUGCCCGUCAGAAGAUCGGCACCACUGAUGUCAGACAGAGGCUGGGAGGAAGCGGAGCGUUCCAGGUAAAGGAUGCGAGAGAGAAGAUAGGUCAGAAGGAUGCGCGUUUCCGUAUCCAGGCCAGAGGUGGCGCUGCGAGUACAGUGCAGGACGCCAGACAGACCAUCAACUCUCGUAAACAGCAGCAGGGUCAGGAUUCUCCUUCAGUAAGCACGUCUCAGACCCCCAUCCCACACAUCCACAUCCAGAACAGCAGCAGCAGUGGCAUCAGGGUCUUCCCCACCAACCACACACUCGGCACCAGAGUGGGCGUGGCCAUACAGCCCAGAGGUGGCAUCACAAAAGUGGUGGAUGCACGUGAUAGGCUGAGUCUGAAGAGGAGCAUAUCAUCACUCCCCAGUCAGGGAUCUGCACUUCCACUCAAGAUCACCAAAACUAUCCAGCAGAGGCCUGUUGGUAUGACCAGUGGGAUUCGCAUCAAUGUUCCAAGCAGAGCAGCUCAGAGUGUCUCGACUGAGGAGGAGGAGGAGCUUCCUAAUAAACAGCUGAAGUUCACAACGACUAACGACCUGUCACAGACACGGGUUGGGGGUGGAGGAUUCUCCAUCUCUCCUCCAAUCACCAAAGUGGUAAAGAAUGACACGUACCUGGCUCCGCCCCCUCCGGCCUCUGCUACAGCUGCUGCAGUCGCACCCACUCGCUCUCAGCUCCGCCCACCUGCACAGACACCUGAUAACCCCACCCCUCAACCUGCACAGCCCAUGUUCAGUCCGUUAGAGGGAACUAAAAUUACAGUUAAUAAUCUCCACCCGCGUGUCACAGAGGAGGACAUAGUGGAGCUGUUCUGUGUGUGUGGAGCACUGAAGAGAGCUCGGCUGGUGAAGGUCGGAGUGGCGGAGGUGGUGUUUGUAAGGAAAGACGACGCCAUCAGUGCUUACAGGAAAUACAACAACCGCUGUCUGGAUGGUCAGCCCAUGAAGUGUAACCUGCACAUCCAGGGCAGUGUGAUCACGUCAGAGCAGCCCAUCCUGCUGAGACUGAGCGAUUCUCCUGGGAAGAAGGAAACUCCCUCGUCGGCUGUGUCCCGAUCCACACCUCGCUCCAGUUCUGCUGAAGUGGAUCCUCAGACUAUCCUGAAGGCCCUGUUUAAAUCGUCCAAUCAGAGCUCAGCGACUACAGAGACUCCUCCCUCGGCUGCACACUCUACAGCCUUCCGCAUCAAGAUCUAAAACUCACACACACACACACACACACCGUCCCAGCAAGUGUGUGUUCAGUUUCAUGUGUCAACUGUUAUUUUGAUUUUAAACCUCACACACACACACACACACACACACACACACACACACACACACACGAUGAUGAUGAUGAUGAUGAAGAUGUACAUGGAGUGUAUAAAGACUCAUGUAGAGGUUUAGUUUUUGGGGGUAGAGGGCGGUCCUGUCCUGAUCCUCUGUGAUUAGUUGUUUGUAGUGUUCCCUAACUGGUGUUGGUGAUUUGAGACACAGCCCUGACAGGGGGCGGGGCCAUGUGUGGUACAACUGUCUGUACUCGACUUCCUGUUUGUUUAUAUUCUACAGUAAAACUCACUUUAUAAUAAACUCAA